GUAGCCACAAAUACUCAAAAAUGCGCAUGUGCGCACUACUUUUCAUUCACUGAAAGUGUAGACUGGUGUGGCACGCCGAAAGAUUUUUGGCAACUGGUUUCUGUGGUGAUGUCUUCAGCACAAAACAUCGGCAAUAAAGAGUAUUUGAAGAAGAAGAUUCCCAAGAAUCCACGAUACCAGCAUGUGAAGUCAAGACUGGAUACAGGCUGCAGCCUGACGAAGCAGAAAGAGAGACUGGAAGAAAUGAAGAAAAAUUAUAGAUACAGAUCGAAUGAACUUUUCAAGAGGCUCAAAGUGACAACUUUUGCUCAGCUGGUGCUACAAGUUGCCUCAGUUUCCAGUGUUGACAACACUACUGAUGGAGAGGAAGAAGAUUAUGCCUGUGAAGAGGAAGUGAUAGAUAUUGAGUCCGCAUCAAGUAGACUGCAACCCUCUCCCACGCCAACCCAGUCCACUAAUGAUGAGUCCGGAGACUCUGUCUUAUCUGCUAGAUCCACACUGCAGAGUGUGAUCAGUGGAGUUGGAGAGCUGGACCUGGGUAGAAGCGAACCAAACCUUGUGAAUCCCACACCUAUCCCAAGUCCAAUGGUCUUAGAGAUGUGUUACCCUGAUUGUCCAUACCUACUGUUGGAUGUACGUGAACGAGACCAGUAUGAAAAGUGUCACAUUACCAGUGCAUUUAGUUUUCCCAUCGCAACCCUGUCACGGACAAUGAAUCCCUUUACCAAGGAGGUUCUACUCUAUAAAAAUGUGGUUGGCAAGAUCAUCAUUGUUUACGAUGACGAUGAAAGAAUAGCGAGCCAAGCAGCUACUACAAUGUGUGAACGUGGCUUUGAGAACCUUUUCAUGCUCUCAGGAGGGCUGAAGGUCCUUACUAAAAAAUUUCCAAGUGGAAUGACAACAGGUUUUGCUCCCAUACCAUACCGUCCUGCUGGUUCAGGAGUGAGGCCCUCUCCUAUUCAUCAGAGCUCGUGUGGAGUUGUGAAGAAAUGGAGGUUUACUGAUGAAGACCUGCUCAUGAUUCAGGAUUCUUUAGAUCAGUGCCUGAUGCAAGGGAGCAAUUCUGGAGGCAUGAGGAGGGGCCGUAAGUGAUGAAAGAGGUUACUGCUUCUCUUCAGAGCAACACUAAUAAUAAUCUCACUCACUCACUCACUCACUCACACACACAUAUACACCUCUGCUUAAAGGAGAGCCUUGAACAGAUUAGUUUUAUUGCUGUGCGGUGCUUUUUGCAUUGGCUGCAUAGAUUAGUGAAAAAGCUGGCUUGCGCACAGUAAAUGGCAGUCUCCUAAUUAAUUAAAAAUGUUGUUAUAUGGUGUUAAGUUAAAACACAUACUUUUAAAACAAAUUAUUUGUAUUAUUAUUAAAACAGCUGAGGGAGCUAAAUGUCUUGAAUGUUUAUAUGCAUGGUGUGUUUUAUUUUAAAUCUGUAAAAAACAUUUUGUUUUUUUCUUAAUGAAGUGGAAUGAAGGAAAUGUGAUAAUAAAUACUUUGAAAAUGCUAA